GGGGGGCGGUGGGGUUUCAGCAUAAGAAGAGAGAUAUUUAUAAAAGCAUGCUCUUCAGCAACAAAAGUAUCCCCCAGUAUUACCCCUUUACUUCUGUAACCCAAAAAGCCUUGUGUGUGUCCUGCGGCAGCCAUGAUCAUUCCUUCGAGUUCACCCUUCCAUAUGCUAUCAUGCCUUGUCAUGUUGUUGCUUCUCCCCUUCCCUUCCUUCUCGGCUGACCCCGAUGCACUGCAGGACUUUUGCAUCGCAAACCUGAAUGCCUCAAUAUCAGUUAAUGGCUUCCCUUGCAAACCUGCCUCAGAGGUAACUUCAGAUAACUUCUUCUUUGAUGGAUUCACCAAAGAGGGUAACACAUCAAGCAUCUUCGGAUCACAUAUUACUUCAGGUAAUGUCUUUUCUUUUCCAGGGCUAAAUACUCUUGGGAUAUCAAUGAACAGAGUGGACUUUGCCCCUGGAGGUAUGAAUCCACCCCACUCUCACCCUCGUGCGAGUGAGACCGGGGUGGUCAUUAAAGGGAAGCUGCUGGUGGGGUUUGUGACAACAGGGAACGUGUAUCACUCUAAGGUCUUGAGUGCUGGGGAGAUGUUUGUGAUUCCUCGGGGACUCGUACACUUUCAGAAAAAUGUUGGAAAAAAGAAGGCCCUUGCCUUCACGGCUUUCAACAGUCACUGGGCAGGCUCUGUGGUCCUUCCCUUGAACAUCUUUGCUUCGAAACCGUCAAUUCCAGACCACGUGCUAACAAAGGCGUUCCAGGUAGAAGAAGAUAUCAUCCAUACUAUAAAGUCCAAGUUCAGUUCAUGAGCUAAUCAAGCCUUUCAGAUUGUCUCCUCUCUUUACCUUGAGAUUAUUGUACUUUUUUAUUUGAGGUUUGCCUGCCUCGUGCCUCCCGUAAUCCAUUCUUGGGGUGAUAUUCAGGCUGUUUAUCUGUGUUAUACAGACUAAUUAUACUUCAAUUUCUCAA